AUGUGGACACAGCUCCGUGUACCGAACAAGCACAUGGACUUUAGACCUAAACAUUUUGUCGCAUUACUUCCAUUGGCAGAGUCUGACAAAGUUGUAGACCUGAGAGAUGGGGUUGACAUAGAUAUGAGAGACGGGGAUGAAAAACAUGAGAGAGAUGGGGAUGACAAACAUGAGAGAGAAGGGGGAAACGAGCUUAAGAGAGAAGGGGGAGACAACCUUAAGAGAGACAGGGGAGACAAGCUUAAGAGAGAGGGGGGAGACAAGCUUAAGAGAGACGGGGGAGACAAGCUUAAGAGAGACAGGGGAGACAAGCUUAAGAGAGACAGGGGAGACAAGCAUAAGAGAGACAGGGGAGACAAGAAUAAGAGAGACAGGGGAAACAAGCAUAAGAGAGAGGGGGAGACAAGCAUAAGAGAGACGGGGAGACAAGCUUAA